AUGAACCGCGAGGUAGCAGAGAAGACGGGCAGGUUCUAUAGAGAGAUGGCAGACCCGCGGCUCGACGUCGAGGCACUUUCUGCGCCUUCAGAGGAGGCUAGGGGAGGCGAUGAUGCAAUACACAUCGACGUUUCGAAGGCCAUAGGUGAUGUCCGUUUGGUUCUCAAGGGUCUUUCGCGUAUAGAGAGUUCGGCUGUCUAUCCGGAUCUGGUACCUGUGACGAAGGCUAGCACCGUGCAAGAGCUGUUUUCGUCCCUAGAUGAAUCACACGGGCGUUUGAACAAAUUGGGGUUAUUCAAGACCGUAGUCUCUAACGUCCACCGCGGAAGGCGUCCAGGGGACGUGAACGUCGUCUUCCAGUUCGAGGAAAAAACGCCGUCUUAUUCGAUCGGCGUUACGACUAACCAAAAGGCUGAAGCUAAUAUCGAAGUUAAAGGUGAUGUGCCUGGGAUCUUCGGUACCUGCAAUUCCGCUUCACUUCAGCUGAACAAUUCAGGUUGUGGCUCUCAAAAGAUCGCGUUAACUUGGGAGGCUUCUGUGAACGAUUUGUAUCCUGUGUUCAACGAACGCCGUCGCGCUUCUGAGGCUGUACUAAGACACGCUGGUAGGUCGCUUAAGAAUGCAUUGUCUUAUCAAUACAUUAUUGAUGACCUCCGUGGCGAAGGUAUCCCCAGCGAUGGGCAAUGCACGCAAUUCAAAGUCGAGGCUGGCCUGUCUGGUGGUGAUCGGCAGUUCUUGAAAUUCGACUACGGUAUGCUCCAUGCCAAGCUCAUCCGGCACAAAUACAUCUUUCAUCUGAACCUUUCGUUGGGUUAUAUGAGGCCGUUUGGUUCCCUGAGGAAUGGGAUAAGUCUGCUUGACCGGUUUCACUUUACUGGAAACGGGGGGGCGAGCACCGCAUUCCGGGGGUUUGGCUUCCGCGGGGUAGGUCCGUGUGACCAGGGGUCGAUAUUCGACAACGAAAGUAACGGCUGGCAGCGUAUACCAGAACACAUCGGGGGAGACUGCUACGGAAACCUUCAAUUAGCACUGCAUUGUCCGUUGAAGUACGAGGAUUACCGUUUGCCAUUAGCUUUCUGCUUUUUCAAUGUAGGUUCUCUCACCGCAAUAGAAGAUCGUCAACCGCAUGAAAAUGUCUACUCCCAUAUGUUUCGCGCGGUGCGAAUGUCUCUGGGCGCCGGCGUCAGCAUGUCUGUGGCGCCAGGAUGUUGGUUGGAGGCGUUUGUAGCGCAGCCCCUACUCUACGCGCCUACCGACACAAUCAGCCGAUUGCAGUUGGGGCUCAGGUUCAAACACAACGUAAUGUAA